UUUUUGUUAAUCAUGUUUAGGUGAUUGUAGUUUCAGACCCAUCAGGGCUCAUCUCUCCACGCAGGGAGGGGGGAGAGCACGUAAAGCCCCACGUGCUUCGUCUCUCCAAGCUCCUCGCGCGGACUCCUGCUCUCUCAAAGCAGCCGACACACGCGCGCAAACCCAGACAGGUGCGUUUUUAGGAAACCCCAUCCGCGUGUUUUCACCCCGCGCACCGUGGGGACGGUCUCUGCGAAAUGCGGGCGUCGCGUCUAGGAGAGGAAAGCAGCUGUCGUGUUCAGCAUCAGUCCCGCUGCGCUCCUCUCGGCUCCUGUCGGGUCAUCUAACGGCGCAGCUCCGAGGAAAUCACUGGGACUAUGUGAGCAUCAUGAUCCCUGUGAGAUGCCUGCUGUUCGCCGCAGUCUGUGUGAAGUACGCCGAGACAGCAGGUGUGGGGGAAUGGGUGAGGUCGCCCUCUGCAGAGGAGGUCGUCCAACCCAAGCGGCUCUUGCAACAGAUCCACUCAGAGGAGGAGCUGCUGCACGGUUACCUGGACACCCGGGUCAGAAACCUGCCAGAUGGCAUUCAGCAGCCCAUUCAUUUGGCCCAGAGCAGCUUCCUGGUGGAGGCCUUUGGCUCAACCUUCACCCUUGAUCUGGAACUGAACCACAACCUCCUUUCUACAGACUACGUGGAGCGUCACUUUGACAAUGGGGAGCUGUCAGAAAAUACAGGCGGGGAGCAUUGCUACUACCAUGGGCGAGUGCGGGGGCUGCCUGGCUCCUGGGCUGCGAUAUCCACCUGCCACGGCCUUCAGGGGAUGUUUUCUGACUCCAACUUCUCUUAUGGGAUUGAACCCGUCGGUAACAGAGAGAAAGACCACAUCGUGUAUCGAAUGCCCGACAUCGACCUCUUCUCACUUCCCUGUCCAGGAUGCUUCAUGAACAGCACAGAGCCUGAGGGGCGAACAGAUGGUCUCUCUGAAGGAGACGGCGAGAUGAAGGAUGGAGACAACAAGUCUGAAGAAGAGAAAGCUGUUUUCACCAGAGGCCAGAGGCGCUCCAAAAGACAAGUGAGGCGAGGCCAGCGCACCGUUCAGACCGAGACCAAGUACAUCGAGCUGAUGAUCGUUAAUGAUUAUGAGCUGUUUGUGCAGCUCCGCAGGUCGACGUCUCAAACAAAGAUUUUUGCCAAAUCCGUAGUGAACAUGGCCGACUUGAUCUACAAGGAGCAGCUCAACACCCGCAUCGUCCUGGUAGCCAUGGAAACCUGGUCGUCUGAGAACAGGAUCGCCGUCGGCGACGACGCCUUGCUCACCCUGAGAGACUUCAUGAAGUUCAGGAAGGAGAGCAUCAAGCAGCGCUGCGACGCCGUGCACCUCUUCUCAGGGAGGACGUUCAUGAGCAGCCGCAGCGAAGCCGCUUACAUCGGGGGAAUCUGCUCCCUGACGAGAGGCGGCGGCAUCAACGAGUUCGGCAGCGUGGGUCCGAUGGCCAUCACUCUGUGUCAGAGUCUGGGGCAGAACAUCGGCAUGUUUAGGAACAAAGAGCGAACAGCUGCAGGAGGCUGCAGGUGUCCAGAUCCAUGGCUGGGCUGCAUCAUGGAGGACACCGGCUACUACCUGCCCAGGAAGUUUUCCCGCUGCAGUAUAGACGAGUACCUGCGCUUCCUGCAGCAGGGAGGAGGAAGCUGCCUGUUUAACAAACCCACUAAGUUGUUAGAUCCCUCAGAGUGUGGGAAUGGAUAUGUGGAGCUGGGAGAGGAAUGUGACUGUGGAUCACUGGUGGAGUGUAGUCAAAGUGGAGCCAAUUGCUGUAAGAAGUGCACUCUGACCCACAAUGCCAUGUGCAGCAACGGGCUGUGCUGCAGGGACUGCAAGUAUGAGCUCAGAGGAGUGACCUGCCGCGACGCCGUGAAUGACUGUGACAUUCCCGAAACCUGCACAGGCGACUCCAGCCAAUGUCCUCACAACGUCCACAAACUGGACGGAUACGCAUGCGAAGCUGGCCAGGGUCGGUGUUAUGGUGGCCGCUGUAAGACCAGAGAUGGCCAGUGCAGAACUCUGUGGGGUUACAACUCGGCUGACAGGUUUUGUUAUGAGAAGCUGAAUUCGGAGGGAACAGAGAAGGGGAACUGUGGGCCGAACCCCGGCGGGCAGGGAUGGGUCCAGUGCAACAAGCAAGACGUUCUGUGUGGGCUGCUGCUUUGCACCAACCUGACAGAAAGGCCCAGAUUUGGGGAACUACAGGGAAGACUCACCAGUUUGACGAUCCAUCACCAGAACCGAUACCUGGACUGCAGAGGGGGUCAUGCGGUGCUGGACGACGGUCUGGAUCUGGGCUACGUGGAUGAUGGGACGCCAUGCGGGCCAAACAUGAUGUGUCUGGAGCGCCGCUGCCUCCCUGUGCCGACCUUUAACCUCAGCUCCUGCCCCGGCUCCACAACCUCACUCAUCUGCUCCCACCAUGGGACGUGCAGUAACGAGGUGAAGUGCAUCUGUGAUCCCGAUUACACAGGGAAGGACUGCAGCGUGUUCGACCCAAUCCCGACCCCGACCCCGCUGGAGGGACCAGACAAGUACAAAGGUCCCAGUGGCACCAAUAUCAUAAUUGGUUCGGUCGCUGGUGCGAUUCUGCUUGCUGCAAUAAUCCUGGGGGGAACAGGCUGGGGAUUUAAGAACAUCCGGAAAGGACGAUCUUCAGGAGUUUAAGUUGCACCUCUCUUUUAUUCCUGCCCACUCUGAGCAGACAGAACGGAGACGUCUUCCACUCAACGAGCCGUCGGGCUUUCCGUUUUUCCAUUUCCUGCUCCGACUUUGUUGAUCUUCACUCCAGCUGAGUUUAGUCUGCAUGGAGGAAUAAAUCUGAGGACUACGGCGCUCCUUCAGCUGGUUGCCACGAGUUUCUGGGAACCGAGUUCUACCUUACAGUCUGCAUCACUUCCUGUUUCGUUCUCCUGUCUAACGUUGUAGUUUCGGCUGUUAUUGCGCAUUUUCCCUUUACGUAUUUUAAUGAAGUGCUCAGUUCCUGAAGAGCACAACCAUCUCCUCUCUGCAGUGUAAAAACCACAAACUGUUACUGAACGUCGGCUUGUUAGAUUAGAACGGUACAUUCCACAAUAAGAGCCAUAAUUUCUCCUUCUAUGCUGCCUUGACAGGAAAUCUGAGGGACACGUUGACAACCAGAGGGACAGUUGGUUUGCACUGAAUGUUUUCUCCCUACUGUAAAAUAAAUAAUACUUCUAUAUCAA